AUGGACCUUGGAGGACGAGGACAGGACAUGCAGAUGGUUGGCGACAAGGAUGCAAAAGUGCGCGAAAGUGCACUCAUAGUGAUUGGUCAUCCUACCACCCUCCGGAAGCUGACAAAAGAUUGUGCCGAUGCAGAGCUCACAGAUAGCCCAGAAUCAGAGGAAGAUCAGACCAAUGAAGACUGGGAAAGCGAUCUUCAACCUUGCGAGGGCAACAGUGAGAGGGAGAGAUGCGAUGAUGAUGGAGGAGAGGAGGUACAAGAAGAUGUAGAUGAUGAUCAAGAAGACUUCGAACAGGAUGACAACUUGGAAGAGUCAAGUGUAAAUGAUCCAGAUGACAUCCCAGAUGACGUCCCAGAUGAGGACAAUGACCACAUUCGAGCUGCAUCAGUGCAUCAUUAUCAUCAUGUUCCUCAGACGGUUUAUCCUUCAAAUUCAAAUUUCAUGUCAGUCCAGAUGGCUUAUGUGGCUGCAAUGGCCAUUUUGCAAGGGACUGAAUGCAAGAUUAUACUCAUUGCUGCACCAGUACCCGAGCUCACAGACCCAGCAACUCCCAAAUCCCUAGAACCAGCAGACACAGCUGUCCCAGGAGGCUGGACAGCAGCUUCUAGGCUGGUGCCCGCUGACACAGACACAUCUAAGACAUGCUCUAGUAUGCUGGAUCCAUAUGUGUGUGGUGUAUCUUUCAUUCUGUACGGCGUGAGGCAUCCAUGA